GAUUAAUCAGUCUUCACAAGGUCAGGGAUGCUGACCCCACUAAUCAGCUUGAGCCUCCUAAUCCAUCCUUGUAGGAGCCCCAGGAAGGUUGGCAGUGGUUUAUGAGGAGCUGGCUGGGCCCAUUCUGGCCCCUCACCUGUGGCCUGCAGACUGGGCCUGGAGGGGAUGGGGCAGCUGAGCCAUGUGCACCACCCUCUUCCUGCUGAGCACCUUGGUCAUGCUUUGGCGCCGCCGAUUUGCCAACCGGGUCCAACCAGAGCCCUGCAGAGUGGAUGGGGCAGUUAUGGGCAGCAGCUCGGACACAGACCAGUCCUCGGCCAGGGAGAAGGAACCUCUGAAGUAAGGCCUCACCUCCUCAGAUAGGGCUCAGCUCCAGGGACUGGGAUCUACUGGCCCAACCAGCUCAAGUCCUACUUCAUCCCCUAGCCUAAGGAGGAUGUUAUGGGGGCAGAAGCAGCAGCAAGAGGGAGAAUGGGAGAAGCAGCAGUGGAGAAGGUAGGUACCUUCUCGUCAGCCCCUGGACGGCCAUGGCUGUGGGCCUUCUGAGCAAGGCCUAGCUGGGGCUGGUAGGAAGAACAGAGUGCUCUUGGACUCCUUCCCUCAGAGUUCCCUCUGCAUUCCUCUGAGGGACUGUGGAGCCAGAGAAGGCACAGAGAGAGAGACUUUCCAGUGUCUAUGGAUUAAC